UGCUCCCGGAAACAGCGAGUUGUUUGGCGCGCGAGCCCGCCAUAGUGAUUUAUCAGUCCCAGCGAGCACCCGAUCAUCCCCUGUCGCGAGUAAAAUCCUGAACGGCUCUAGCAGGCAAAGAGAGGAGUUGCGUUUGCGAGCGACCAGAAAUUCGAGGUGUAACCAGGUGUGGGAAAACCACUUAAUUCGCCAAAAUGGAUCCGGAAGCGUUUCUCGAUAUCGCCAAUCAGGUGAUAAAGCUGAAGAUGUUCCCGUACUUCGAUAUCGCGCACAGCCUGCUGUGUGCGCUUUCGGUGAAGGAAGAUCUUGGCGCCGGUGCGCACGCUUUUUCGCGGAAGCAUCCGCUCGCCUGCUGGCUGUCCACGAUGCUGGUCGUGUUCGCUGGUGGCAUGGUCGCGAAUGGACUGCUCGGCGAGCCGAUUCUGGCCCCGCUCAAGAACACCCCGCAGCUGCUGGUGGCGACCGCCUGCUGGUACAUCGUGUUCUAUACUCCGUUCGACAUCGGCUACAAGGUGGCCAAGUUUUUGCCAAUCAAGCUGGUCGCUAGCGCAAUGAAGGAGAUCUAUCGUGCAAAGAAGAUCCACGAUGGUGUAACGCACGCCGCCAAGCUCUACCCGAACGCCUUCAUCAUCAUGAUCAUCAUCGGUACACUGAAGGGUAACGGUGCCGGUUUCACCAAGCUGAUUGAGCGAUUGAUCCGCGGUGUGUGGACACCGACCGCCAUGGAGUUCUUGCAGCCGAGCUUCUACACCAAGGCUUCGCUGAUUGCUUCCAUUAUCUUCGUGCUGGACAAGAAGACCGACCUGAUCUCGGCGCCCCAUGCGCUGGUGUACUUUGGCAUCGUGAUCUUCCUGGUGUACUUCAAGCUGUCGUCGAUUCUGCUUGGCAUCCAUGAUCCGUUCGUGCCGUUCGAGAACCUGAGCUGUGCGCUGCUGUUCGGCGGCAUCUGGGACAGUUUGGCAAAGAUUCUUGGCCGCGGUCAGGCCAAGGAAGAGCCAAAGGAUGCUAAAAAAUCCAACUAAACCGGCCGGUUGCUCCAACGAACUGGAGAUUUAGGUUUUUUUUCUUUUAUUUUGACUACGAUACGAAUGAUCGCGGAAGCGAUCCUUUUGAGCUAUUUUGCUUUCUAAUUAUGUUUUGUACAAUCACAGUCAGUCAUACACACACACAGAGACAUACUCUUAUUGAUUUGAGUACAUUAUGAUUCGUACGAGCAGCAUCCGCUUCGCAAAGGAUUUAGAUAAAAUAGUAGUUUACUUCUUAUCGUUUGUACAGUAGCACCUCUAUGCUAAUUUAAUCAUUUGAAAGAGUAGCCAAAUUCGCGAGGACAAGAGCCAAAAGAGGAGUGCGUGCUUUAAUUUUUACAUUGAACGCAAUUGUACAGUCAGUAAUUUCAACGUAUCUAGUCCGCAAUCAGAAACGUGUACAAUCUGUCGGUAGCUUGAGUUGCAACUUAUUUUACCAGUUUAUUUUACCAACGUUUAUGUUUUUUUUUAAUAUUAUGUUUUGACCAUCAUGACGGAAAGUGUGUUAUGCUGUACAAUCAGCAUAAGCGUAAGCACUAUCACCAAAAAACACAGACAGUACGACAGACUAGGUGAAAAAGCACAGCCAGAUAGCAGUGGGUGAUAUUUGGUCGUCCUUUACGAAAGUUCAUUUUGAAAUAGUAAGCUUCCCCGAUGGGAUGGCUUAACAACUCAAUGCAUAUGCAGAGCGAAAAGACUUGAUAAACAUACUUUAUGCCCGCCAGCGAGGAAAGAAGAAGCACAGUAACAGCUACGAUAAACCCGAACGAAAGCUGAACGAUUGAUCUAUGCACGACGAUCGAUCAGCAGGAAUGUCUAUCGAAAUUGUGGAAAGUGAGCAAAAAAUCGAUCAUGAAGAGCAAUAAAAAAACACUAUGUGAUUCCAGAU